AGCCAGAUCAGGAGGAGGAGAGAGGUUCUGUAAAGGUUCUGUAAAGGUUCUGCUGGUCAGGCGACACUCCGCCGGGCCUUUCUUUUCUUCCAACUCGUAGAAAAACUUCAGACAGUUGAGUUGGUAUAAAUGAACACAACAAGCGCUGUUCAUUUCUGGAACGGCUCGGGUCGCGUGCCGCGCGGGUGACUCCACGCUCCGCUUUUGCACGACGGGGGGCAUUAAAACUGCGCGCAACGCGGGGUGCCUUUUUACCGCCACCUUCGGGUCUCCUAGGUGUGCCGGCCGCGAAAGAUGCUGCGUGACAUCACGGGCUCGCCCCCGCUCGGCGCGUCCGCGGCACUCUCCCCCGUGAGCGCACCGAGAGCUGAGCGGCGCGCAUGCGCGCUGCCGCGCCUCCUCGAGCCUUUUGAAAAGUCGGGGAGCUGCGAGUUGGAUUAAAGAGACCAUGUCCGUGUCCGUGUCCGCCAUGAACGAGCAGCGCUGCCCCGUGCGCUCGUCCCUGUGCACGUCCGCGUGAAGGAGCAGCGAGGCGCGGCCCCAGGAAUGGCCACCUCGGGUGCCGUCCAGGUGAAGCUGGAGCUGGGGCACCGAGCCCAGGUCCGCCGGAAGCCCACCGUGGAGGGCUUCACGCAUGACUGGAUGGUGUUCGUCAGAGGACCGGAGCACAGCAACAUCCAGCACUUUGUGGAGAAGGUGGUGUUCCAUCUGCAUGAAAGCUUCCCCAGACCAAAAAGAGUGUGCAAGGACCCGCCCUACAAGGUUGAGGAGUCCGGUUACGCUGGCUUCAUCUUGCCCAUUGAAGUUUACUUCAAAAACAAGGAAGAACCCAAGAAAGUGCGCUUUGACUACGACCUGUUCCUGCAUUUAGAGGGCCACCCACCUGUGAACCACCUGCGCUGCGAGAAACUCACCUUCAACAACCCCACAGAGGAGUUCCGCCGCAAGCUGCUGAGGGCUGGAGGGCAAAGGGAUCCUCAUAAAAGAAGUACAGACGACUCUAAAGUGAUGGUCAUGCAGGAGGGCUCAACAUCGCUCUUCGGGCAGCACCUCAAACUACCGUCCCUCCCCAGCAGCUCCCUGACGCUUACCUUCUCAGACGCCAAGAAGAGCAAGUCUUCUCACGGGUCACAUGGGUCAAAGGAUGGGUCCAGAAGCAGCAGUACUCUCACUACCACCGCAGCUAACAGCUCAAGCAGCUCCAAGGUCCACAAGCCCUCUAAAGAGCACAAAGACAAAUCUUCAAAAGACUCAAAAGAGCAUAAAAGUGCCUUUAAAGACUCUGCCAGGGAACCCAGUAGACUUUCCAAAGAAUCAUCCAGGAAACCCAAAGAGAACCAGCCAAUUAGGGAAGAUCAACCCAUUCCCAAAAUGGCCUUCAAGGAGCCCAAGACCAUAUCCAAGGACCACAAGUCAGACGCAAACCCCCUGCACGGGGGCUUGCAGCAUGGCGCUAAAGCCCCAGGAAAAAGGUUGUCUGCUGCUGAUUCUGAGGAUCAUGUGACCAAAAAGAGGAAGAAGGGCUUCUCUGAGGUAUCUGUAAAGCCUCCUUCAAGUUCCUCUCCACUCCAGCACCACCAUCAUCAGUUAGAGAAGAAACAGCAACCCAAGGAUAAGUCCCAGGUCCGUCCAGCUAAGCUCAAAGUAGACAGUGAGUCCCUGGAGCGGAGGAAGCCUUCCACGCUGCCACCCUUCCAUGACCUGGUGGACCCCAAUGACUCUGACAUGGAGGAUGGGUCCAACAAAUCAGAGUCGGAGCAGCCCAGCCCCGCCAGCUCCAGUUCCAGCUCCAGUACCAGUUUCCCUCCUGCCCACAACCGCCAAGGUAACGCUCACCAAGUGCUGGCCCCCCUGCAGUCCAUAAUGCAGGACCUGCAUUCAGAAGACAACGAGGAGUCCGAGGAGGAAGAGGCCAACGAUGUGGACUCGGACCUGGAGCGACCGCUGCAAACGCACACAACGCACCGCAGCCGCAGGGUGAGUUUGAGUGACGGCAGUGAGAGCGAGAACAGUUCCGCCUCCUCGCCUCUUCCGCGGAAUGAGCCGCCGCCGCUGUUAAAGACGAGCGCCAACCAGAUACUCGAAGUUAAAAGUCCAAUAAAGCACGCAAAGCCAGAGAAAAAUCUGAAAAAUAUAGAUUGUGACAAGGCUUACCUGGACGAGCUGGUGGAGCUGCACAGACGACUCAUGGCACUGAGAGAGAGACACAUUCUGCAGCAGAUUGUCAACCUCAUCGAGGAAACUGGACAUUUUCACAUUACGAACACAACUUUUGACUUUGACCUCUGCUCCUUGGACCGUACCACCGUGCGCAAGCUGCAGAGCUACCUGGAGACCUCCGGGACACCUUGAACUCCGAGCAGCUGGCUGCCGCGAUGAACAACGCCUGACCCGCAUAAAAGAAAACAAAAACAGCAACAUCACUGAUGAUGAUGAUGAGGAUGAUAAUAAUAAUAGUAAUAAUUUACUUGAAGUUAUGCAGUGACUUUCAUGACUUAACAUGUAUCAAGAAUUCUGCUCUGUCAGCAACGUUUUCCUCGAGUUGAGUUCCCGGCUCACCUGAGAGCAGGUGUCAGCCAAAAUACGGUGGGUGAAAGAGAGCGGGGGGGGGAACAUGCUGCAGAUUGCUGGAGAUGAUUCCGGUCAACCCAGAUUUCACCUGGAAAGCCUUGAAAAUUAUUAAGAAAAAAAAAAAAAAAAAAAAAAAACUGAACAAGGAGUGAGGAAAUUAAGACCUCGCUCUUUCUGAAUGUGCAUACACAUUUUUUUUUUCUUUCCCCCCGUCGGUGGGAUGUUUGUCGUUUGUCAUGAAUGCAUGUUUAACGUUGCCUUAUCAUACUGUUGGCCUGAAGGGAGAGCCCCUGGGAUGACGGGGAUGGAUCAAACAGAGCGCUUGUCAUUGACAUGGACCAGUGUCUGCGGGACAGCGAAGCACACGCGGGUUUAACCUUCCUCAAUAAGAGAAGCUCUCUUUUCUUCUUGGCUGUGAGAGAAAUUGGGAGGAUGCCUUCUUCGUGAGACCCCACCUGGACACUUACAUUUGGUACUCUCUGGGGUGCCUUGGUAGUUUCCCUCUCAGUGUGUGUUGCUGGAAGUGCAUAUCAACAGAUAGCAGUAGACAUCAAUGCAUUAAAAAUGAUUUAGAUUGUAUUCUUGGUACAAAAUAUUAAACUGCUCAAUUGGAUUAUACAUUGAUAGAUGUGUAAUUUUCAAGUCGUGCUGCGAGUGUGUCCUGUGUCUUAGCUUGUGCCGGAGAGCCGAGCAGCUUCAGCAGCAGUAGCGGCCUUGUUGCAUUGAGAAGGAAUCACUAUGUCCUCUGGCAGGUGGGGUAAAUAUAUUCUUACACGUGUAAGACUUUUCUGUAGAAAAUUGUACUUUUUUUUUUUUUUUUGGAAUCUGUUAAUCUUAUUUAUUUUUGUGGGGACCUCAGUUGCCAAACUUAAGUUCUCUGUUGGUGUGCUCUGCAUGGAGGGAAGCUCCAUCAGUGUUGUUUUUUUUUUUUUUCCUUUUCCUUUUCCAUUUGUGAUGAAAAUUGCUCUGUUUAGAUAAUUAAGAUAUCGAAGUUACUUCUGUCCUCUGUCUCUUAUGUUUCGGAGACACACAACAGGUCCAGGACACAGCCCAAUGCAAACUGACAGCUAUAGGCACUGUAAUUUGUGUACAAUUUUAAAAUUUGCCUUUUGUAUUUUGUGUGUGUGUGUGUGUGUGUGUGUGUGUGUGUGUGUGUGUGUGUGUGUGUGUGUGUGAGUGCGCGUGCGUGUGCGGCAUUCCCAGAAAUCUAUGGCUCAUACCUUUUAUAUUUCAUAAUUUCUCCCCUAUUACAGUUCUCAGUCCAAAGAUUAGCUUUUGUAUGAAUAUCAUUAUAAAUUGUUUAUAUGUGUACAUAAACUCUGUAUGUGACACGCUUGUUACUUUUAAUUUCUUGGAAUGUUUUAGCCCGUCUUUUCUGCCUGUGCUCCCAAUCCAAAUCCUCCUCAGCUCAACAAGCAGUUGUUGAUGGGGAUCUUACGAAAGCCUUCAGGAGUGCGGUUUUCACUGCCGCUUUCAUCCUCUGUGUCCAUCAGAGUCAUAAAGCAGAUCCUCUCCCAGUGAUGUUUAGGACCCCAGACCAGCAUGGGAGUCAUCUGCUGUGAUUCUGUCAUCUCAUCUAGAAAGGACCUUCAGCUGCAGGGUUUGUCCAUGGCAGGGCUGUGCUCUAGGGAUGCAAGGAGGAGGAAAUCUGAACUUUAUGGGACCUAGCUUGAUGACAUCCAGCAGAUGCUCCCUUCUUUACUUCCUGUGUCCGAUACUGGAAAAGCAGGAGACCCUCGUUGCGUGACCAUGUGCGACAGCACUCAGCCCACCAAGGAGCCAGGAAAUGGGGUUUCUCACCGGUAACACCAUAGUAACACAGUGAGACACUGCAGGUCCUCACAUUACGAUGUGCUUCCCCAUUCUGAUGUUUCUGAUAUAGACUUGUGUCACGGUGCAAUUUGUCCUUGGUAAGAGCUGUAGUUUUGUGUUUGAUUCAGUGGAAACGAUGUCCUUCCUCUUUGCGUUAUAUGUGGACGUGGUAUCGGCCUGUUUUCCUGUCUUUUGGUCACGACCGCUCUGCGCAAGAAGCCGUUGAAACAGGAACAUCAGCUCACCUCAGUCUUUUGGUUGUGUAUUCAGUGUUUCAGAGGGUGUGGCUACACCCUCAUCCCACCCAAUUCCAUCAUCUCCUUAGCUAGCAGCCUCUUUGUCACCCAGUCAAGUCAUUUCAACAUGGAAGGAUGAUGCAGCCAACAAAUACUUGCAAUAAACUGUGG